AUGGCGGCGCCACCGGCUCAAGCCCUGCCUCUGGCCUUCCUGCCGGUCGUCUCGCCUGCGGCAAUGGCAGACGCUCUGGGUGGCGCCGUGGCAGAGUCAGUGGCGGGAGCUGUGGUAGAGGCGGCGGGGGAUGCGGUGGCUGAUGCAAUGCCUGAUGGAGAGUGCUGCUUAAUGCAGGGCAUCACACCUGUCUAUUUUGGCAACGGGUGCUUCUGGGGCAGGCAGUUUGAUUUUGUCAACACGGAAAAGGCGCUGGGGCGGUCUGCGGGCGACAUGAGCGCUGUGGUCGGCUACGCCGGCGGCAGGGUGCCCUCGGCCGCCGGCAAGGUCUGCUACUAUCGCGGGCCUGCCGGCUCAGUGUAUGAGGAGCUGGGGCAUGCGGAGGUGGUGAAGGUGGACCUGAGGGGGGACAUGGAGGCAGCCAAGCAGCAGUAUGCCAUGUUUGCCCAGACCUACUUCAAGCAGUUUAGGAAGACUCCCUUUGGCAUGAUGCGGCUGGACCCUCAGGAUGCCGGCCCAGGCUAUCGCAACGUGAUUGGGCUGCCGGGCGGCGUGGACUCUCCUUUCUUCCCCAUCCUGCAGGUGGCCAACGUCAACGGCAUGCAGCUGCUGCCCGGCAGCGGCAACUUUUACGACUCCAACGGCCAGCCAGCCGAGGACGACGAGUUCAACACCGUAUGGGUGCUGGACUCCAACCGCCUGGCCUUCAACCAGGCCGAGGUCUACCACCAGCUGCACAACGGCAUCGGCAAGGCCUUCCCCAAGGAGUACACCAAAGACCUGAAGCAGGCGAUGAUGGAGAGCGGCAAGAUUGACAAGACGCGCUGCCCCGACUACUACUUCUUCUGAACAUGACUUUUGAGGUUCUGUUGCGCUUUGCUUGGCGGGCUGCCGC